CAGAAGUUCUGCGACAGUGUUGCUAUUAUGGACUUACUUUAUAUAUUUAAAUUGGUAAUAGUGAGCAAUUUGGUCAGUAUUUCCAAUUUCUUUCUCAAACUUUGAUAUUGUUAAAAGGCCUGCUAAAUAAACAAAAUAUCACGAAAAAAAAUAUUGCAAUCAAUUAUACAUAUUUGUAAUUUUACUUCAGAGCUAAACCUAAAUCUAACCUCAAUCUAGGAAAAGCCCUAGAAAAUUUCAUUUUUAUUUUGCAAUGUAAUGUAUAAACAUUUUACUAUUAGCUACUAUUACAUAUGGGCGUAUUUACAUAAUCGCAAAAGUAAGAUAAAUAGCACUGAAAUGUGUUCCUUGUACAAAAGUACUUAACGUAGUUAAAAGAUGAUAAUAAAUAUUAUCGUAAGGAAAUUGUAGAAUAGAUUAAUAUUACACAUGGAAACUAUAGUUUAUAGUUCAAAGUAAAGGAUAUUAAGUAAUAUUGAACAACUUUAGAAUUAUAUAUAACACAUUUAGAAUUACAAUAAAACAAAUUAAAUUAUGUUUGAUACAAUAAGUUAUUAUUAUUAUUGUAAAUUGUGAUAUAAGCGACAGUUUUAUAAACAUUUUAUUAAUUAUGUAUGUAUAUGAAACAAAAUACAUUAUUGACAUUAUUUGCUAAAUUAUUAAACUGAAGAAAAUGUUACAACAACGAAAAUCACCACUACUUUUUGAAAUAUUUUACGAAUGUCAAACUACAAAAGCUAGAACUAGUAGGAUGACUCUCAUUCAUCAUCAUGUGGAUACACCAGUAUUUAUGCCAGUAGGUACACAGGGUACUUUAAAAGGCAUAUUACCUCAACAAUUAGAACAAUUGAAUUGUCAAAUUAUACUUGGAAAUACAUAUCAUCUUGGAACAAGACCUGGUCUUAAUAUAAUGCAGAAAGCUGGUGGUUUACAUAACUUUAUGAAUUGGAAAAGAGCAUUAUUAACAGAUUCUGGUGGUUUUCAAAUGGUAUCGUUACUAGAACUUGCUAAAAUUACGGAAGAAGGUGUCAAGUUUAAAUCACCAUAUAAUGGAACAGAUUGCAUGUUGACACCUGAACAUUCUAUACAAAUACAAAACAUAAUAGGAGCAGAUAUAAUUAUGCAACUUGAUGAUGUUGUUAAAACUACAUUAACAGGACCAAGAGUAGAAGAAGCAAUGCAUAGAACAACUAGAUGGUUAGAUAGAUGUUUAAAAGCACAUCAGAGAUCAAAUGCGCAAAGUAUAUUUCCAAUUGUACAAGGAGGUCUUGAUCCUAAACUUAGAUCAGAAUGUGCAAAUCAAUUAAUUAAACGUGAAGUGAAUGGCUAUGCUGUAGGUGGAUUAAGUGGUGGAGAAUCUAAAGAUGAUUUUUGGAGAAUGGUACACCUUACUACAAAUAUACUUCCAAAAACUAAACCACGUUAUUUAAUGGGUGUUGGAUUUGCUAUUGAUUUAGUUAUUUGUUGUGCUUUGGGAAUAGAUAUGUUUGACUGUGUAUUUCCUACAAGAACAGCGAGGUUUGGUUGUGCUUUAGUACGUACUGGUCAAUUAAAUUUAAAACAAGUUCAAUAUCGUAAAGAUAUGAGGCCAAUAGAUGAAUCGUGUGAAUGUAGUACAUGCAAAACAUACACACGUGCUUAUCUUCAUCAUAUUGUAACGGUAGAAACAGUUGCAUGUCAUUUACUAUCUGUUCAUAAUAUUGCAUUCCAAAUGAAAUUGAUGAAAGAUAUUAGACAAAGUAUCCAAGAACAAAGAUUCCCAGAAUUUAUACAGCAAUUCAUGUUAGAUUUGUUUCCAAACAAGGAAUAUCCCCCAUGGAUAGUUAAUGCAUUGGAAGCUGUUAAUGUUACAUUAUUAUAGUAAUAAUUAUUAUUUAUUUUCAUAAUAAAAUAUGUCUUGUAUAAUUUUUUAAUGUCCUUUAUAGAAAUAAAUGUUUGAAAAUUUUA